GGGACAAUACUUUGGAAUCGCAGCAGUGCGUAUACGUGCAUGUGUGGAAACUGAAUAGUUUUUCAUUUUUUUUUUGUUGGAAAAACGCGCGUCGUAUGCAUUCGAUCUAUUUAUAUCAGAAGGUGGUGGAUAGAUAGAAGAGGUAGCCGUGGUCGUGUAACGUUCGAGGAUUCUGUGGAUGUGCUAAAAACGGUAUCAAGGUGAAGUGGCUAAAGAAACUGUUCAAGCGUCCUCCUGUUCGCAAGAUGGACAAUUACAGCAACCUGCUGAUGGACGAGUGUCCACCUGAUCUCAGGCCUAUUACCGUUUCUGCGUGUGGCCGUAUAGCAUCGUCCUCCUUACAUGGUUAUUUGCGCGCCUCUUUUUAUCGGGAAGACCGAUUGAGUCCCGAGGAUGAGAAUAAAAGUAGUAUUAAAAAGGCGAGCUUAACCAAAGGGAUGGCAACAUCAUUCGGUUUUAAGAGGCGACCGACGAAUGCGACGUCGGUCGCCGAGAACCCAACAGCCGCCAGACGUCUUGCGAACGCCUCAACGGAAACCAUCGACAACAAUGGUAACACAGGUGACACCGAGCCCCUAACCACGAAUGCUAUGCAAUCGGGUAGAUCCACCCCUCACCGACUUCCACCCCCGAAGAAGGAAGCAGCAGGAACGAAAGUGAGCCGCUUCGGCUUCCGCCAGUCGAACGCAAACCGCCUGAACCGCGUCGCCGACAUAAACACACAUCCUCCAGCCCACAUGGAAUAUUCCAACAACAACAAAGAAGUGGAAAAGUUAGAGAACGCGAUUAAAGCAAAAGUGGAAAUGCACAAAACAUCCAUAGACUCAAACAAGAACCGCACGAUCAAAGUUAAUGGUGGCCUUCCCCAGCCCAACAAGUUUACUCUUCAGAGCAACCAGCUUCCCCGCCCGAUGCCUAUUAAAAUCAUGGAAUCAAAAACCGCAAAGACUCUUGCCAACAAUAAUACUAAACAAAACCAGCAGCCGGAGGAGACGGAGGACUCGGGCGUCGGCAGCGAUAACAUCCAGCAGCUUGACUGCUCUCCGAUGUUCCGUCGUACUAAGAUAAGAGGUCGUAACUUGGAGGCUAUCGUGUGUGGAAACACCUUUGAUGUUAGAGACAUAGAUGAAGUUUCGGAGCCGAUCACGCUUCCACUUCCUCCAUUGCCAAGCGCUUUCCAACGCCAAAACAGCGGCUUCGUUCGGGACAGGACAAUCGAGUACCAAAGGAAAAUAGACAAUGACAGGAUUCGUCGUAACUCGUUAACAUCCUCUGACGCCUCCAGUCAUUACGAAGAAGAGAAACGCGUUGAGAAACCGAAAUCAUUCCUUAAAACCCGCAUCAAGGAAAACGACUCAAGUCCACCGAGUUCAGAUGAUCAAAUGUGGAAUAACGCCGCUGGAGAAGCUAUGGCCGAUGAUUUCAGUUGCAGCUUCAGCUCCAGCGACGAGAGUCGCGAGAAGGAUCAAGUACCUGUCAUCCACAACAAAAUGACGGCCACCUCGAUUGGAUCAGCCUUGCAAAAUCUCAUGACAGCUUCACUGACAAGCACAAUACCGAAAAGCGAAAUUCGCAACGUCAUUCUAUCCAUUGAAGAUCCGAAAUUCGCCGCGGUGGCUGCUAACGCUGAAGAUUCCAUUAACUUAGAAGAUGAAACGUCACCCGUUGACAGCAUCGUCUGCAGUUACUCCGAAGACACUAAGAAGAACAACAGCUUUUCAAACUCCAAAGAUAUUAACGAGAAGUUGACUCUGUCAGCACCGGGUAGUCCCACUAACGAAUCAAACUCUCUUUCGCUCUCUGAUGACCGGGAAGACUUUCUAAUAGAUGAUGAAAUCGCAGAUCAACCCGCACUUGUAUUUGAUGAUACUCUGACGGCUGGCAAUAGUGAAGCUUACAGCGAGGCCACUCCAACUUUAGUGGAAACCACCCCUGUCCCUAAGAGAAGGAUCAUGGGCGCAUUCGAAGGCAGUCCGCUCAUUUUACGCAAUAAGAAACUACUCAGCUCCAGGACGGGAUCUUUAGAUACUCUGUCACCUUGCGAAAGCAUCGACUCAGAUGAUUGCAUGCUCGAUUUAGAGCAGAGCCAAAGCAGCGGCGUAGAAGAUCUUGAUAGAACCGAACAAAGCAGUUGCCGCUUUUCUUUGGAUGACGUCAAAGUGCGCAGUAUUGAGUUGAAAACAUCCGAAAUCAUGAGAGAUUGGCCUUCAAUAUUGAGUGCCUGCGAUACACGAUCAUCUACUAAAAGGUUGUCGUCUAGACCGACACGACUUCUGAGAUCGCGCGCCGCGACGCCCGGUUCUCAUCCUGAUUCGCCACGUGAUGUUAUUCGCGGAAAAUCCAGUCCUCUCCGUCUGUCCAGCAGAUCCUCCACCGGAACAGGUGGCUACGAUUCCGAUGAUUCUGCAAUUAGGGUCGACAGGGCGCAGCAUUCUGCCAUGCAACAAGAUGUUAUGGGCAUCAAAACAAUGCUGCUCAAACUCAAGAGGGUUCUUAAUGAGCCAACCGAUGAAGAGUAUUUGUCGAAGUGUGAAGCUCGCAACUCAUUAGAGAAUGGGUUCUUCAAUGGUUUUAGCUCGGAUUGUGAUAAAGAUACGGACGAUGGUGAGUUCGUCAACAUGGAUGAGUUGGCGAACCUGCGUCGACAGGUCCUGUUCCUGCAGGAUCAGCUCGAGGACAAGGAACGAAUGGUGCAGAAUCUUCAAGAAGAAAUGGUAAAGCUGGCGACAGACCAGCAAAACUCACAAAGCGCGCCCGCCUCUGUCAACGUGGCAGCAAUGACAUGCAAUGCAGCCACCCAAACGGAAAGAUUGCGUCCUAUUUCAGCUGGACCGUCCCUACUUCAAGGAUCACCGACUGAGGCUAACGGGGGUUUAGUCAGACAUUUCGGUGUCAAUGAAGGAAGGAGACCGAAGAACCAGAGGUCCUUGCCUCCUCAAAGCACCACAAGCAGGCUGUGGCGGACGCCUGGAGAGGCGGCAGUGACUCCUCAGAGAUCCUCCAUCCCCAGAAGAUCCUGCAGCCGCUCGAGGGGUUCACCACAAACGCAUGUCGCAUCCUAAAUCUUACCUAAAUAAGCAAAAUAAAAAGAAGAUGAAAUAAAUAAAUAUAUAUAUACAAACAUAGAAGAGAGAGAAUGGAAGUAAGAAUGAAGAAAAGAGAUGUCACCUUUAAUUUUUGGAACGAUGUAUCUAGAUGGGAUUUAAUUUAAUUUUGUUUCUGUGAUUUUACUUUUAGAUUAUUAUUAUUAUAAUGAU